CUUGCAGCAGAGCUCCCACCUCCGUAUACUGCAAUCGCGAGUCCGGAUGCCAGCGGGGUUCCUGUAAUAAACUGCCGUGUGUGCCAGUCACUAAUAAACUUGGAUGGCAAGCUACACCAGCAUGUUGUCAAGUGCACAGUUUGCAAUGAAGCUACGCCAAUCAAAAACCCUCCUUCAGGGAAGAAAUACGUUAGAUGUCAAUGUAACUGUCUCCUUAUCUGUAAGGAUACAUCUCGGAAAAUAGGCUGUCCACGACCAAACUGUAGACGCAUCAUUACUCUUGGUCCAGUAAUGCUGAUUCCAGAAGAGCAACCAGCUCAGCCUGCCUUGCCAGUUCAACCAGAUGGGACCAGAGUGGUAUGUGGGCACUGUGGAAACACAUUCCUUUGGAUGGAACUGAGGUUUAACACUCUGGCAAAAUGCCCACACUGCAAAAAAAUUUCCUCUGUCGGAAGCGCGCUGCCGCGGAGACGCUGCUGUGCCUACAUCACCAUUGGGAUGAUUUGCAUCUUCAUUGGAGUUGGAUUAACUGUUGGUACACAAGACUUUGCCAGGCGAUUUCAUGCAACAUACGUCUCCUGGGCUGUUGCUUAUCUCCUAGGUUUAAUCUGCCUCAUUCGAGCUUGCUACUGGGGAGCCAUAAAAGUCAGUUAUCCAGAGCACAGUUUUGCAUAGAGAAAUUGGUAGAUUAUAGCAGAUGAACAUCUAGUAAUUCUGGAUAUUACAUCCUGGACACUUUUAAAACCUUUCCUGUAAGGAUUCCAUUCUGUUCAAAAUAGUUUUAAGACUGGGGGUCUUUAAGAACAAAUGUUCAUUGCACUACAUAAUAUGCAACUAGUUUGUUUUGCUGCUAGAUUCCCUAGCUCUGAAUACUAAAGCUUUGUUUACAUGUUCAUAACUCUGUCUUUAUAGGUGUUGAAUUUCAUUCCAACAGACAGUAUUAAGUUUUGCAUUUCCUUUGUUACGUUAAAAAUCAGUCUGCCUUUUUUUAGGUUAUCAGUGAAAAUUCAAAAGCAAGAGUGUUUAUAAGUGUUUCUACAGUAGCUUCACAUUUGUACUUAUCAUUUUAACUACAAAUAUAUUCAAGUGGCUUGCUUUAAAACCUAAGCAAUAAGCACUUUGCUUGAACUGCUUACUGUAUCUUUUUGCCUAAGAUCAUAGUGACUUUAUUCAGGAAAUGAAGUUUAUGAGUGUACUUUAAAAGACUGACACUGUUGCUAGAGAGACAUUUGUAAACACUGUAUGCUUUGAGAUUUUUCAGGUAGAAAGAUGCAAUAUUUUGGUAGUCUAAUUAAAUUUCCAUCCAUCCAG